AUGAGUGAUCCUCUAUACAAAGAUGAACUUAAGCCAUCUCAGCUAGAAGACAAGCAAGGUGAUUCCAGAACUCAGAAGGUUGAGACUCAGUCUGACGAUCAACUAAAAGACCAAGGAAAAACCACACUUGGCGUUGACACCAAUGACAAUCCUCCAUUAAAUGAUGCCAAUAAGAAGGAAGAUACGCGCGAUGUUGCAGAGAAACAAGUUUUGGAUUUUGUGGCGGAUGAGUCUGUUAAAGAAAAAGAUAAGUCAAUUGAGGCUGAGAAAAAGGAAGAAGAAAAACAAGAGGAACUAGAUAAAGGGAAGAGUAAGGCAACGGAAACUCCGAUCCUUAUGGCAAUUGACACAUCAAAAAUCCAGAGCCAAGGGAGUUUUCCACAGUUUAACAUCAGUUUUGAUAAACCAUUCAAUUAG